ACGAGGAAUAUAGGAUUAUUGAUUACAAACAUAGUAAACUAUUAUACAUAAUAAACAAAAUAUUGAUUAUCUAAUUAUGAUAGGUACCUAUAAAAAAAUAACUAAUUGUAUAGGACUCGCCUUGCACGUACGUACCUGUUAUCUAAAUACGACUUACGUUGUGACGUCCUACAACAAUUAGUAAUUAGUAAUUACUAAUUACAUUAGGUAGGUAUAUAAACGUAAUUCAAUAAAUUGAGGACUUCAUUCGUUAUUCGACUGUAUUGGCCGUGCAAGUGAUAACACCGACCACCAAAGGCAUCGCACUCUCGGAAACAACCGGCUACCCAGCUCAUAGAGAAGUAAGUAAAAAACUGACGAUACUUCUCAGAUAUGGCGACUAGCAAACUGGCAAUAGUGACAGGCGGCAACAAAGGCAUCGGCUACGCCAUCGUUAAAGCUCUGUGUGAGAAAUUCGACGGCGAUGUUUACCUGACAGCCCGUGACGUCGGCAGGGGAGAGGCUGCGGUCGGGCGGCUGAACGAGUUGGGACUGAAGCCUAAGUUCCACCAGCUGGACGUGACCGACAUCGUUAGCGUCGCCGCCUUUGCCAAGUUUGUGGCCGACAAAUAUACGGGCAUUGACGUGCUGGUCAACAAUGCUGCGAUCGCCUUCAAGGCGGCUGCCACCGAUCCGUUUGGCGUACAGGCUGAAGAAACAAUCCGGGUCAAUUACUUUGCACUGCGGACUGUGUGCGAUGCUCUGUUUCCUUUGCUACUGCCUGGUGCUCGCGUUGUAAAUUUGUCCAGCUCUGCCGGCCGACUGUCAGUAAUUCCGGGCGAAGAGCUCAGGCGAACACUGUCUUCGUCUCUGUUGACCAUCGACGAGCUGGACACUCUGAUGCGGCAGUUUGUGGAAAAAGCCAAGAGCGGUGAUCACGAAAAGUCUGGAUGGCCAUCGUCAGCGUACUGUGUGUCCAAAGUUGGUGUUAGUGCACUAACAUUUAUACAACAGAGAGCAUUUGAUGUUGACCCUAGGACAGACAUUGUGAUCAACAGUGUCCACCCUGGUUACGUGGACACCGACAUGACCAGUCACAAGGGACCGUUAACCAUUGAACAGGGGGCCGAAGCUCCAGUCUAUCUGUCUCUGUUGCCUGCAGGUGAACAAAAUGUUAAAGGCCGCUAUGUCUGGAAUGACAAGACAAUUAAGGACUGGUACACAUGUUAAAUAAAGUACACAUAACACAAUUUAACUAUGUUUAAUUAAUGUAUACCUUUUGAUCGCAUUAUUCACUGCUGGUUGUUGUAUCCAAAGUACCUAUUUUACUACAUAUACACAUAUUUACUAUUCAUACACACUUUCUGUAUACUUAGAUAUUUAUUUAUUUUUAUGAAUAUCAUAUUUGUUACAUUUAUUCAAUUAGAUCUACUUCAACUGUAUACUUUUAUUUUUGUAUGUUUUCACAAUAAAAUAUUUUUAUAAAUUGCAA